ACGUUCGUUAACCACCGAUGAAGUUAAAGUGCAAGUCACUACUGAAGAAAUCCAUUCAGCCAGCGAAGAAGAUGACGAAAAUGUCGAAAUCUGUGUUGAUGAUGAUGUGACACCUUCAGCCAUCUCAAAUUCUCAUACAGAAUCCGGUAUCGAAUCACCAAAAUCAGAACCCGAAAUUGAAAAUCCUCCAAAAAGACAAAGAACAGAGUCGGACACAGAGCGUCCCCUUGCUGAAUCCCCACACAACGAUUCCGGUGUCCACAGUAAUUCCGAUAGUGAAGAAAAGGAAAACCAUAAAUUCAUUUCCAAAGACAUUAAAGAAGAACCAGUGAAAGAGAAAUCCCUUCAUGAUCUCGCUUAUUCCCAAAGAAAAGAAAAAAGUCCACCAAAUGUCACAGUGUACCAGAAACCAGGUUACCCUAUGUUCAGACCACAAUCCAUGUAUCCAGCUAGCAAUUCAGCUUUUCAUCCCAUCAACUCCUACCUUCUUAAUUCAACAUCCAGCCAACUGACUCAUCCAAUGAUGUCCAAUGUAUCGUAUGGUGGAGGAAGUUUCCCAACAACGUCAUCACCGGCGCAUGCAGCUUUUGCUCAUGCUUCACUGUCUCAUCAAUUGGCUUUAGCUCAACAUUACCAAUUAGGAGCCAGUUUGGGAGCAUCUCAUUUAAGUUUAAUGUCUCAAAGAUCUCCUAAUCAGCGAUUUCAUCCAUACUCUGUGACACCAAUUACACCACCAUCCAGUAUGAUUUCUGGCAGUCCAACACCAGGAAGUCCCGGUUCCAUUCCUGCAUCAUCACCAAGCUUGUCUCCCAAGAGUUCUCCAGGAAUCAUUAGUCCGAUUCCUAUCCGGGAAACUUUCACAGGGCCAGGUUUAACGAAAGACGGACGUAUCUCUGCUUAA